AUGGCAGGCUUCAACGAUGCGCCGCUGAUCCAGAACCUGGCCGUGCCCGCCGUCUGUCUGCUCAUCGCCUUCCUGAGCUACUUCUCUCAGUACCUCUUCCAUAAUUCGACUCUCGAGCCCGGCCCCCCCUCGACGCACGAGUCCGUCGUUUUCAACACGCUUUUGCUAUGCCUCUGGUACACCUACUUCAAGGCGGUCACGGUUGACCCUGGGCGUUACGACUUUACGGACAGAGUGAUCGAGGCCGAGGGCAGCUGGUGCAAAAAAUGCAAUGCCCCCAAACCGCUGAGGGCACACCACUGCCGCCAUUGUGGCCGGUGCAUCCCCAAAAUGGACCACCACUGCCCGUGGACCCGAAAUUGUGUCUCUAUGACGACCUUUCCACACUUCCUACGCUUUCUAGUGUUCGCAAACAUAUCUCUCUGGAUGCUCGGGACGCUCCUGUGGCAGCGGUUUUACUCUCUUUGGGAAGCUCGCCACAUGCCCGCCUAUCUCGGACCAACUAUUGAGGCCCUCGUUGGACUCGCCCUGACGUCGUUGAUAUGCUUCUUUACAACUCUCGCACUGGGGAUCAUGCUCAUAUCCACCCUCAAAUCGUGGAUCUUCAAUUGCACAAUGAUUGAGGGUUGGGAACUUGACCGGCACGAAGCCGUCCUAGACCGAGCGGGCCGCGACUGGUGGGAUAUCACUGGGCCUGACGGCGAGACAUUCCGGUUUGAAAAGGUGGAGUUUCCCUAUGAUAUCGGCUUCUUCUCGAACAUGGCCCAAGGCAUGGGCACGCCCAACGUCCUACUUUGGUUCUUCCCGCUGGCGGGCAACCCCAGUGUCAGCAGGGACAACAAAGGCAGUGGCUGGACCUGGGAGGAGAACGGUUUCAAUCGGAUAGAAGGAAUGUGGCCGCCUCCCGACCCGGAAAAGCUUCGACGAGCGGCAAGGCCAUGGCCCGCCGCGCGAAGAAACUACGGAGCCGAGUUGCGAGACGCAAACUUGGGCCCCGAGGAGCGAAAAAAGGCGUUCAGAGAGCGACAGGAGCAGGACGAGAGACGGAAGAAGACGCUACUCGCGGAGCUAGAAGAGGUGGACGGGUUUGAUAUGAUGAACGAUGACGGGGACGACAUCGACGACUUGUAUGACCAGGACUCACAUGACUCUGCUGAAUGGGCAAACUCAGACGGUGAGCGACUUCGAGACUUUGGCGUGGAUGAGGACGCAGAGGACGCCGACGCCGCCGAUCCCGGCGCACCCAACGAUGACGAUGUGCCUCUGGGAGAGCUGCUGCGUCGGAGGAAAGUCCUCCACAAGGACGAUCUAUCCUGA